AUGCUGCAGCCUGGGCAACGUCGUCCUCUCUCUCCUCCCCCCAACAAUCCCACCCUCACUACCCUCACGUAUAAAUACCCAUUGAAGCUCGUCCCACGUGCUCCCGGCUUCGUCCCCAGCCCGGACACUUCUGCGCUAUCGGACUCGUGCCCAUCAAGGCCUAUCCAUCUAUACCUUCUCACCUAUGGUGGCGGUCUACUCCCCGGAGACCACAUCGAGGUGACGAUCAAGCUUGAGCCGAAGACACGGAUGGUGGUGACCACGCCCCAGGGGAGCACCAAGAUCUUCAAAACCGAACCCGGCAACGACAAUGGUGUCAGUGUGAUCAAAGGUCACCGCAAAAAGAUGCCCGCGAAUGACCACCUCUCAGACAUGAGCCAGCAGUCAUUAGACGUCCGAAUCGGCCGCGAGUCUGCGCUCUGCUACCUUCCAGAUCCAUCCGUGCCCUACCAAAACAGUCGCUACGCGCAAAUUCAAACAUUUACCGUGGAUGCUUCCGCCCGGGGUGACCAACGCAGCAGUCUUUGUGUGCUGGACUGGGUGACGCAAGGCCGGACCUCGCGUGGCGAGAAUUGGAACUUCCGAUUCUGGAAGGGCCGUAAUGAAGUCUGGGCUACCGAUGAAAAGACUGGGAAGAGCCGACUGCUCCUCCGAGAUUCCGUUAUUCUGGAUGACGAAACACAAGACGACCUCGCCUCAGAUGACGAUGAGGACAAUGAGGAGACUAGCCACGAAUUGAAUCCCCACCCGGAUGGCGCGGACGUACCGCCCCAGGCGCAGGCCGGCCUGCUGCCUUUGAACGUGAUUCAGGAACGAACAAGACCUCACGGAGUCGUGGGAACCUUGAUCCUGUCAGGCCCGGUGUUUGACAGGCUCGGAACCUUCCUCAUCGAGCAAUUCACCUCACAGCCGCGUAUCGGUAGUCGGAAUUGGUCUUCAUCAGAAUCAUCUUCCGCACCCGAGGGAACCCCCACUAGCCGGGGCGAUGUCACCUGGACAGCGGCUCGCGUGCGCGCCGGCUUUGUUCUUGUGAAGUUCGGUGCCAAGGACUUCGAGACAGCCAAGCAUUGGCUUGGCGGUCUUCUCCGCGAGGAAGGCAGCAUCGUCCGAGAAUUCGGCGAAGAGGCUCUCUUCUGCAUGUAA